AUGUCGAAGAAGCACAAAGUACUCGUCAUCGGAAAUCCAGACGGCCUUGUCGAGCCAGACCGUUGGGGGAAGUUCGUUACUCAGUAUGAUGUGACUCUAUACGACUUCAAAUCGCAAGACGAGUUUCAUGAGUCUUUGAAGUCCGGUCCAUGCUCUGAAAUCUCGGGCAUCGUCCGUCUCGGGCUGAGAACCCCUCCGGCGGCCGCGAAAGUUGGACAGGGCUGGACGAGGCUGGCCAUGAAUCACUUCCCCUCUACUCUAAGAGUCAUCGUCAACUUUGGGCAUGGAUUUGAGGAAGAGGAUAUCGAGGGUCUCAACAGCCGGGGCAUCAAGUUUUACAACUCUUGUGGGGGCAGCGAGUCCACCGCCACCAUCGGCACCUAUCUCACUAUUGCGGCCUUCCGCAACUUGAGUCGGUAUGAGAGGAUGUUACGGUCCGGACAGUUUCUUCCCGCCUUGAGAGAGUCUUUGAAUUCCGCGAUGGACGUACAGAACAAACAUGUCGGGAUUAUUGGAAUGGGUGCUAUUGGGCAGGCUCUGGCGAUGCAAGUGGCAGCACUCGGGAUGCACAUCCAUGCCGUCGAUAGACCCAGUCUCCGCGCCAUGAUCGAAGAUCCGACAAAGUGGCCAGGCCAACCAGAGAUUCAAGUUCAUGCCACGAUAGACCUGCUAAUCCCUCAGGUCGACUGCAUUGUCUUAACAUGCCCUUACUCGACCGAGACACACCACCUUCUUUCACGGGAACGCUUUCGGAAUAUGAAGAAAGGCGUCAGGAUUGUCAACAUCGCUCGCGGGAAAUGCAUCGACGAGGAGGCUCUAUGCGAAGCCAUCGAUGAGGGCAUCGUCGGAGGGGUUGGUCUCGAUGUCUAUGAGAAUGAGCCGCGAAUUUCUGCAAAGUUGCUGGAGAAGCAAGACUUUGUCACGCUUCUUCCUCAUGUCGGGGGAUUGACGGUUGACGCGAUGGCGAAACAUGCUCAGAUCUGCCUCGACAAAAUGGAUAAAUACCUGUCUCAGGGCGAAUAA